AUGGAGAAAAUCAGAAACAACCACGUCGACAUCGCCCCGUCGGGCCCGACUUUCAGCAGAAGCAUUCGCGUUGGCAAUCUGCUGUUCAUCGCCGGUUGCACAGCCCGCGGCACCAAUGCCCAAGGGGAGCCUUUGAUGGACCAGUUGCGGGUCACACUUGAUAGGAUAGUCCGCAUCGUUGCCGCAGAAGGCGGAUCACCUGGAGACAUUGUCAAGAUAACUACUUUCGUAACCAGCGUCCCGGAUUGGGUGGCGCACAACGACGAAAGCCAAGCCAUGUUUACGGAGUUCUUUCAGGGUGAGUACCCCACCAACACCUUGGUGGAAAUCGGCGCGUUGGUGGAGCCGGGACUCGAUGUAGAGAUCGAGGCCAUUGCCGAGUUGGGGUAA